AUGUGUGCUUCCUUUGCAAAGUUGACAUUCAAACAGAAACAGCACAAUGAGACACUCCUCCAAUCGAUUACAUACGUGGCCAGCGCGACUUACAGAUCUUACGACCAAAAUAAGGGAACGUGUCUUGAAGAAACGCAGGUGAAGGUCUUUCAGAGGAUCCAGGAAUGGAGCAUUGGCUCGGAAAAGAAGCCUAUCCUGUGGCUUCAAGGGAUGGCAGGAACCGGAAAGUCCACGAUUGCCCGAACUGCUGCCGCGGCGUUUCGAGAUGGAGCAUCAUUGGUCAAGAAUGGUGUUCUUCCUGACAAUAUUUGUCUUGCUGGUACUUUCUUCUUUGAUCACAAGAAGAAUGAUUGUAGAGACCCCCGGAAUGUUUUCCCAACAUUGGCCCGCCAACUUGUUGAAGUGAUCCCGGAGAUCCGAGAUGCUGUUUGUAACGCCAUUUCAAAUAAUCACGACAUCCAACAACGAACAAUCCGGGAGCAGUGGAAGUACCUGAUUUGGCAGCCCCUUUCGAUCUUGCAGAGCAAUCUCCAAGACACUUUCAUCAUAGUGAUUGACGCUUUGGAUGAAUGUGAGGUCAAUACGAACCACUACGAAAAUGAUCUGGAGGUGAUACUAGACCUUUUGAGUCAGAUGGCGCAGCUCCAGUAUGUUCGCAUACGCAUUCUGAUCACAAGCCGGCCUGAAGCGGAGAUGCAACGCCACAUUGAAAAUCUUUCCCAAGACAUCCACGAUCACACCUUGGAGAAGGUGAAGCUCUUUAGCAACACAGGUGAUCGAGAAGACGAUAUCACACGAUUGGUGAAACAUGAGAUGAUCGCAAUCAAAAAGAGACACCCGAGCCUGUCCCAAGAUUGGCCGGGUGCCGAGUACCUUCGAACGCUUGUUAAACAGACCGAAGGUCUCUUCAUCUAUGCCGCUACUGUCUGUCGCUUCUUGUAUGAUGCUAAUGAAAGAACAAUCCAAAGUCGGCUUGAGAAGAUUCUCAGCAACAAUUUCGAUGGAAACUCCCAGGGAAACAACCUCGAUGAGAUGUAUACCAGAAUCCUCGAAAUCAUUCUCACUGGUGAGGAGGAUAACGACGAGGAGAACUCGACGCUUUUCAGAUCAAUCGUCGGCUGUAUAGUCGUCUUGUCACAGCCAAUGUCUCUUGAAGACUUGGAAAGUCUUCUUCCUUGCACAAUUCGCGACAUGAAAGAUAUUCUGGGGCUAUUAGGUUCGGUCAUUGAAGUGCCCCAGGAUGUUCACGGACCUGUCCAACUUGGUCAUCUGUCGUUUAGAGACUUUCUUCUGGAUCGUUCGCGAUGCCAGAACAAGCUCUUCUCUAUCGAUGAAAAAGAAGCAAACCACGGCGUGUUUGAACACUGCAUCAAAUUGAUGUCGACUCAUCUACGGCGUGACAUUUGCCGUCUUCGGGAACCUGGUAUCAUGGUGUCCGAGAUAGACCUGGAAUCAUCAGAAAUGAAACAAAGAUUUCCGGACAGCGUGAGAUAUGCGUGUAAAUUUUGGCCUGAUCACCUUGACCGGAGUGGUGGCGUGUCUUCCCAGGAUGAAUACCGAGUUCUGAAUUUUCUGGAAACACACUUCACCCAUUGGCUGGAAGCGAUGAGUUUACUGGCAAUGAUGCCUCUUGUAAUUAGGAUAUUCAAUGUCCUGAAAUCAAUGAACAUGAGCAAGAAGAUGGAAGAAUUUCUCUUUGACGCUAGGAAGUUUUCUACAAACUUCAGACUUCACAUUGAGAAGAUGCCACUCCAAAUUUAUGCAUCUGCUCUUCCGUGCGCACCUGAAAACAGCAUCGUACGAAAUUUGUUUGAAAAGGAGAUUCCGCCCUGGAUAGCCAAAAUCCCUGUUGUUCAAAGCGACUGGGACGCUUUUUCACAUAACCUUGAAAGAGGAAAGACCAACUGCCCGAAAUUCUCCUCUGAUGGCACGUUGUUGGUGUGCGAAGGGAGACAUCAGUUCAAAAUAUUCGAAACAAUUACAUGGCAGUGUGUCCUUCAGAUUGAUCACGAUGAAUCCAUUUCCUCCAAGCUAAUUGCCUGUUCUCCAGACAGUACCCACAUGGCCGCCUUUUUCACAGAUGGGACUUCCCGUUUGUGGCGUGUGUCUGACGGAAAGUGUAUCAAUCUCGAGACUGGAGGAGCAGAUACCAUUGGAAUCCGGUUUUCAGGAGACGGUAAACUGGUAUGCCUGCUAAGCGACAAUACAAUGCUAAUCAGGAACGGCAAAACUGGUGAUGUCCUACUUAAGAUCUGGCAUGGAGUCAAACCUGCCCGAGAAGCAAUUUUUCUUCAGUGCAUGGGUUUCAAUUUUGCCGUUUCAGAGGAUUGCCAGUUUGUUGCAAUUCUAGAUCUUCAGCUAAACAUCAAUGUCUUCAGCCAAGCCCAUGGCUUGAUUGUUCAUACUUAUCCAUUUUCGAAUCCGGGUGGCAGCUUGAAUAUGGGUAUAAAAUCUCUUCUCUUCUCUCCCGAUGGGCAUCUUCUACUUUCUGCGACAACCGAUGGAGCUGUCAAAGUCUGGGAUUUCAACCUCAAGAAACUUUAUGAGACAACAGUCGAGGAUGAGGUACUAGAAGCAACUUUUAUUGCCGACUCAACUGCCGUUUUAAUUGUUUUCAAAGAUCUCAGCGUAUCCAAGUGGUGGUGGAGAGCAGAGAAAACGGAAACACGAAAUUUGGAUGAUCCUGACCUGAAGGAAACCUUCGCCCCAGAAUGUCCGAUUUCAUUUCCUCAAGUUGGACCGCUUGUCACCUCGUUGGCAAAUAAUGAGCAUGAUGACCUCUGGAAGAAAGUCCGAGCCACAUGCGCUCAAAUCAGACACAAGAGUCAUGGAGACAAUAUUUCUGGUUCAUUUUCACCCAAUGGCCAAUUCAUUGCGGUCGGGUCUAUUCGCAGUGGUUUGUCUAUCUGGGAAAUGUCUACGCAGGCUGCCCAGAGCGCGAGUGCUAUGGAAAAUCGCAGCUACAUACGUGUGGAACUCUCACCCGAUGGAAACUGGGUUGCUUCGUCUAGUCAGAAAGACGUUAAACUGUGGAAUGGUAACACUGGAGAACACAUAGAAACCUGGAAUAUCUCACCGAACUCAUCUGAUUGGUGGUACAACAUGAGCUUUUCUACAGAUAGCAAGGCUUUACAACUUGGUUCAAUCUAUGGCGAAAUCCACGUCUGGGAUAUAGUGGCUUGUCAGCCCCUUGCCAGCAUGCAACUCCCGAAUGCUUACCAUCUCAAAGUCGCAUUUUCACCAGACAGAACCUUGCUUGUGUUUGCGUACCAGCCGGAGGAUGACACGAACGAGUUACAGAUCACAUUGUGGGAUCUGGGAAAUAGGAAAGCCUUCCGCACGUUCGACCUCAAGUUGGGAGAGUAUGAAUCUCUAUCAAAUGUGGCGAUCUCUCCUAGCAACGGCACAAUGGCUGUGUCAUCAAACAAAACAAUCAGAGUGUUUGAUUCCACGGGAAUUUUAACACAAUGUAUUGAACAUGAUGACUUCCAACCGGUUUUGGCCUUUUCGGCAAACGGAGAAUUGAUUGCCUAUGCGGACAAAAACAUCACCGUAUGUAACACAGCAACGGGAGAGAAGGUGGGAAAGAUUCUCUGUGAACGCGAUGUGCCCUGGAUGAGCUUCAUAGAUGAAGACCGGUCCCUUCUGACCAGCGCUGGAAAAUUCUACACUACUUCUAUCCUGGCAAACGAUCUCAACACCGCAAGCUCCGGGUUGACCCGACGUGGUUCGUACAUUGUGAAUGCUGGCAAGACGGUCUUCGCUCUGAACCCACGGCUAUUUGCUGUAUGUCCCUCCGUGCAAGGGGACAAAUUUGCAAUGAUCCUUCCGCCUAAUCGGGUUGGCAUUUUUGUGUUCGACACCGAGGUUGGCAAUAUAUUAUCAGAAGAAUGA